UUGAACUUAGAUAUCAAUGUUCAUGUAUCUUCAUAUUGUUAUUAUGUCUUGUACAAUUAUUUAAACUUACAUUGUUUCCUAUUUUACAAUGCUCAAUUUAAAUUUCUUUUAAGUUUUAAUUAUCAAUACAGGACAACAAGAUGUUAGUCUCUAAUGUGUUUAAACCAAUAAAAUGUUUAAAUGCAAUUAACUUAAGAAAAUAUUUAAGUUCAAUGAUUGAUAAAAAGCCAACAUUUUCUAUUCAAGAUGAAAUUGGAUUUAAAAUGAAUUGUAAUUUAAAUCAUAAAGAGAAAUUCGACGAAUGUCUUAAACACGGGAUUACUUCUAAUACAGUUCUUAGUAAUAAAUGGAUUUUCAAUAUUAAUUUAAAUCAUUUAAGUAAUGGACUAACAUUACUUAAAAAAUGGAAUCCCAAAAAAAUGGAUGAUUUGUUUGUACUUCUUCAAAUGCCUAUGAAAAAACUUGUAUUUCUUACUAAAAAAACUCAAUUAGAAUCACAAAUUGUGCCACGUGGAAACAGAGUUUAUUAUUUUGCAUCUACUUUUGAGAAAAAUCCCCAAGAAGUAUGUUACCAUUUGAUACAUUACAAAUUUUUAUUUACACGGAACUUUGCAACUCUUAACCACAUAUAUCAUAUUUUGAUCGAAAAUAACGUUGAUAAGAAUGAUAUUUGGAAAGAUACAUGGAUAUUUAUGUACAGCAUUGAACAAAUAAGUCAAAGAAUUUCUCUUACUAAAACAGCAAAUUUACCGAUUAAACCUUGGAUGUUACGAUGUAAACCUGAAGUAUUCGAAAGGACUAUAGAGAUAAAACAAGAAAAUAGAGUAGUUCUUAAUAAAGACUCUACUGCACAAUAUUUAGCCAAAAGACUUAAAGUACCUGAAAAAACUAUAAGUUAUAUUAGUUCAAAAUAUCCUACAACAUUGAGAGUAAGUCCUAUUAAAUUGAAAGAAAUAUUAGAUUUUCUUCUCAAAGAAGGAUUCAAACCUACACAUAUAUUGAGUACUCCACGUGUAUUUACUCACAGUAUUUCUACUUUACAGGAACGAUUAACUGAGUUGAGAGACCUUGGUGCUGAGCCUACUUUAACUGCUUUAUGUAAAAAUAAAACAACUUAUCAAGAAUUAGUUAAUAAAUUAAUUUUGAAAAACACUAAAAUAUAUAUUUAAGAUCUUAUUGUAUCAUGCCUAAGAAGUAAUAAUAUAUGUAUACUUUUUAUGUAAUUUGUAUUUUAAAACAACAAAUGAUAGAUUAA